AUGGGAGGACAAGCAGAUAUGAAGCAACUUGGACAAGCGAGCCAGGUACAGAAAGCGCGGGACCGACUAGUCGUCAGGCAGGCAGGCAUGCAGGAUGGACAAGCGAGCCAGCGAAAAGCAACAACCGUAGAGUCGAAGGCUCUGACAUUGUCAGAAUGCACUCUUCAGAGCGCGGGGCCACCAAGGCGUCAGCAUCGCCAGAAUGCACUCAACACAGUGCGGGACCAACAAGUCGUUAGGUACGUCACAAGAAGCGAGCGAGGACAAGCAAAUGUGAAAGAGGAAGAGGAAGGAACAGGUAGCCAGCGACAAGUAACAACCGUGAACUCGAAGGCACUGGCAUCGCCAGAAUGCACUCAACAAAGUGCGGGACCAACAAGUCUUAAGGCGAAUGCGAAAGAGGAAGGAGCAGGAAAAGGUAGCCAGCGACAAGUAACAACCGUGAACUCGACGGCACUGGCAUCGCCAGAAUGCACUCAACAAAGUGCGGGACCAACAAGUCUUAAGAAUGCACUCAACAAAGUGCGGGACCAACAAGUCUUAAGGUACGUCACAAGAAGCGAGCGAGCACAAGCAAAUGUGAAAGAGGAAGAGGAAGGAGAAGCGAGCCAGCGACAAGUAACAACCGUGAACUCGAAGGCACUGGCAUCGCCAGAAUGCACUCAACAAAGUGCGGGACCAACAAGUCUUAAGGCGAAUGCGAAAGAGGAAGGAGCAGGAAAAGGUAGCCAGCGACAAGUAACAGCCGUGAACUUGAAGGCACUGGCAUCGCCAGAAUGCACUCAACAAAGUGCGGGACCAACAAGUCUUCAGGUAACGGCUGUGCUCCGUGCUCCUGGUGAUGGGCAUCAACGACUUGUGGGAGGCACGUUCCCGUUCUUCACUCGCCGGGUGCUCAAACCUGCUGCAGCAACAGUGCCUAUCGUGUCUCUCGCCAUCCAGGGACGCUACGAGGGACCCACACCACAUGUGCCCAAUAUUGUGGGCGUGGACGCAAGUUGCCGCAGCGCACAAGCAUCAACCCAGCGCAUUGUACUCUCCCAAUGGCAUAUCCGUUCGCACCUCCAGUUCGUCUUCUCCUUCCUCGCCAUCGUCGCUCUAGGCAUGCUGUACGAGUACCUCCGCGUGUACUCGAGGGACUUUGAUACCUGCAUCGCGGAGAAAUUGAGGGGCGGGCGUAGGAUGCCACUUACUGCGAGUUGGCGCAGCUUGCCUGAACCUGGACUCCAAUUUUCGGGGUUGGAGAGUGUCGCUGGCAUGCUGUGGGAGGUUGACGACGGGACAUUUGUUUUAGGGUAUUUUACCGGUUGA